AUGCUCUCGACUGAAACCUACCCAAAUCCAACCCGAACACCCUCCCCACGCCGCCAUCGCAGGCGACACCCGGACAGCCCAGCCGGGGCAGGUUUGAGCAGCGGGUCCCGCUCCGGCAGCGGUCGCAGUGCUAAGGCGGGUGGGUGGCAGAGGUGCUCCAUCUCCGCCGUCAAAGGUGCUUUGGUGCUUUUUGUACAAAAAGGCUGUCUCCAUUGGAGCGUGUUCGGCUCCAUAGGAAGUGCUGGUGAAAGCUUCGUACCCAAACAUUCGCUGUCUGUGGCUACUUGCAGCAGCCGUACGUGUGGCACAGUAAAUUCUGGGCCGGCAGCGGGGGCUGCGGUGCCUGGUGGCCGGUGCUUUGUACUCUCCGUACGCAUUUCGGCUGCUGCGGGCUCUCCAGGUCUCUUGAGCUGCGGGGUUUCCUGCGAGGGUUUAGCAGAUACAGCUAAAAAAAACUUUGGUGGUGGAAACACUGCUUGGGAAGAGAAGACGCUGUCAAAGUAUGAGUCCAGUGAAAUUCGUCUUGUAGAGAUCAUAGAGAAUCUGUGUGACAGUAGUAACUUCGAAUGUAACAACAUGGUAGAGGAACAUGAGGAACUUAUAGAGAAAUGGUGGUUCAAGGUAAAGAAGAAGUAUCCAGAUUUGUUUAAGUGGUUUUGCAUUGAAACAAUAGAAGUUUGCUGCCCUCCUGGAACUUAUGGACCUGAUUGCCUUGCUUGUCGUGGUGGAUCAGAAAGACCUUGCCAUGGGAAUGGCCACUGUGAUGGUGAUGGUACCCGAGGUGGAGAUGGCUCAUGUAGCUGUAAAAAGGAGUACACAGGAGAAUUUUGUUUGGACUGUUCCAGUGGUUACUUCAGUUCCUUGAGAAAUGAGACACACUCUGUUUGUACAGCCUGCCAUGCUGCCUGUAAGACUUGUACUGGUUCAAGUAACAAGGACUGCCAAGACUGUAAAGAAGGCUGGAUUAAAAAUGAAGAUGGAGCUUGUGUGGAUUUAGAUGAAUGUGCUUCUUCUCCUUGCAAAGAUCACCAGUAUUGUUUGAACACAGAUGGAUCUUUCUCUUGCAAAGCAUGUGAUGCCAGCUGUGUAGGUUGCACAGGAGAAGGUUCUGAAAAAUGUAAGACCUGCUCAUCUGGAUAUGUGAAGGAAGAUGAGAAAUGUACAGAUAUAGAUGAAUGUAACCUUCCUGAAAAGGUCUGCACAAAUGAGAAUCAAGACUGUGUAAAUACAUCGGGUAGUUACAAGUGUGUAUGUUCAGAAGGGUUUGAAGAUAAGGACGGAACGUGUGUUCAAACUGUAAAAUCAGGAGAGGAAGUAGAGAGUGAAACAACUGAACCUUCACAUACUGAACAUGUUGACUUAUGAUCCACGCUCAGAACCAAAAGACAUUCCUAUCUAAAGUUUUAAAUUAUUGGACUAAGUCUGUGCUAGCUGACCUACUGUGGAAGUGGUAUGAAAUACACAGGUUGCCAUUAAGACUUUUUUUUUAAAUGGUGACAACCUGAUCUUUAAGCUGCAUUUCUUUAUUCUUAAAUCCCACUUUUUAUAUAGUUCUUCUAAAAGAACAUUCUAGAUGGGUUAGUAUAAAAUUUGAAUGAACAUAACACUGUACCCAGCAGCUGCAAACAACUUGCAGGCUUCUCAUUCUAGUGCCUACUGAAAAUUGUCUUCUGUAAGAAUUCAGUUGCACUUCAUAAUUCAAGAAAAAUUUAGACUGAAGUUUGUUGUUUCUAAUCAUGAGAAAUAUUUCUGUAACUGAAAUACAGCUUUUGGAAAUUGUCAAAGGGAAUCUCUCUUGUGGGGGAGGGAAGCACUGUUCCCAUAAACAAAAUAGAAUGCCUAAUAUUGCAUUCAAUAAAAGUUUAUUUUGUUGGAA